AUGAUAAAUAAACGUUACAACAGGAUUUUUACACAUAAUGAAAAGAAUAGUCAACGCAUGAGCAACAUUCUCAACAGAACAGACGUGUCUCCUUUGAAAAAAUGCCACAUGAGGGAGAAAGUGAAUAGGUUUCCUUUUUUGUUCAAGGCGGUUACUUGCGCCGUUGUGAUAUGGGUGGCGCAGUCGCCCGGCGUCCCUGGCGAGUAUACCCCCCACCAAUCGUGGAACCACAAGAAUGGCCAGUCAUACAACCAACCAGAUGUAACCUUCGCAAGAUCUUUAGCAGAAAAUGAUGAUAUAAACGAAUCCGAUUUUGCAGCGACGAAAAAUGGCGUCUUAGAAAAUGAACCCAGUGAUAACUACUCCUAUGAAGCUUCCACGGCAUUUUCCGAAAGUGAUGACACGGAGAUUAAUAAAAUUAUAAUGGACCAGUUACAGAAUGAAGAAGAUUUAAGUGAAGAUAUUUUGGAGCACCUGCGGAAGCGACUGCAAGGUGGGAACGGAGAGGAAGGAAGCGGUGAAGGGGGAAGCGGUGAGGGAGGCGAGGAAAGCGUCGAAGGGGAAGAAGCAACUGGUGACCUUGUUAGCAAUGUAGAACAAAUCGAACCGGUGAAUAACAACUUUUUCGAUAACACUGCAGGUAGCGAAGGAGGGGAAGAAGUGGUGGAAGAAUCAACGGCCACCUCUUCAGAUAAUGCGCAGGAGAAUGUGGAAGAGACAGAGGCGCCAGCCCCAUCCAUAUUCACUAAUGUGAAAGAGGAUGUGCAAGAGGUUGAGGAGGCGGCUGCGUCCAUGCAAGAUCCCGUGGAGGACAGCGUAGAGGAGGUCGGCGCAGUAGAAGGGGUAGAAGCUGCAGAUGCGGUAGAAGAACCAGCCACCACCCCAAUCGAUAGUGUAGAAGAAAGCGAGGAACCGUCUCCUCCUACCUUCGACAAUGUGCAGGAUAAUGUGGAAGAAACGAGCGAAUCGGUUAGCAGCAUACCGGAUAACGCGCCAGAAAACGUAGAAGAGGUGGAAGAGGUAGAAGAACCUGCCGCUCCCACAAUUGAUAGUGUAGUAUCUACCACCGAGGAGGCAGAGGAACCAGCGCCCACCUCGUUCGAUAGUGUAGAAGAAAAUGCGGAAGAAACAGAAGAACCAGCUGCUCCCACGCAGGAUAGUGUGGAAGAAAAUGCAGGAGAAGAAGUUGCGGAACCAGCUGCCCCCACAGUGGAUAGCGCUGCAGAUAACGCAGAAGAAUUAACGGAGCUAGCCACUUCCACGUUCGACAGUGUGCAGGAGCUCGUAGAAGAAGUGGAAGAGCCGUCUGCCCCCGUUUUCGACAGCGCGCAAGAAAAUGUGGACGUAAACGAAGAGCUAGCGAACAGCGUAUUUGAUCGUGUAGCAGAGGAAGCCGAAGAAAUUGAAGUGCAAAGCAGCGACAUGCCAAGUAAUGCGCAAGUGGAUGAGUUGGAUGAAGUGCACGAAGUAGAGGAGCCUGUAACGUUUACAUUCGAUAACGUAGUGGAGAGUGUAGAAGAAGCUGAGGAACCAGCAGCUUUCACAUUCGAUAAUGCAGCAGAUGGUGUGGAAGAAGAAAAAGUUGAAGAACCCGUUAGCAGCGUUUCAGAUAACGUAGAAGUUGAAGAACCCGUUAGCAGCGUUUUAGAUAACGUAGAAGUUGAAGAACCCGUUAGCAGCGUUUUAGAUAACGUAGAAGUUGAAGAACCCGUUAGCAGCGUUUUAGAUAACGUAGAAGUUGAAGAACCAGCUGCGCCGGUAAUCGAUCAUGUGGAAAACAGUGCCGUGGAACCCGUAGAGGAGGUUGUGGAGGAAGCUGUACAGGAAGCUGCCGAUGAGAUCCUAGAGGAGGAGGUGAAAAGAGAAGAACCUGCCGACGACGUAGUCGUAGGGGAACCCACAGAGGUGGCAGCAGAUGAAUAUGUUCAAGAAGCCGUAGAAGUUGUACAAGAAGCGGCAGAUGAGGUGAUGGAGGAAGAAAGAAUAGAGGAGCCCGCUGAGGUAGCUGUAGAGGAGCCAGCAGAGGUAGCUGUAGAGGAGCCCGCAGAGGUAGCUGUAGAGGAGCCCGCUGAGGUAGCUGUAGAGGAGCCCGUACAGGUAGCUGCUGAAGAACCUGUGGAAGUAGCUGCCGAAGAACCUGUAGAGGUAGCUGCCGAAGAACCUGUAGAGGUAGCUUCCGAAGAACCUGUAGAGGUAAAUGCAGAAGAACCUGUAGAGGUAGCUGUCGAAGAACCCGUAGAGGUAGCUGUCGAAGAACCUGUAGAGGUAGCUGUAGAAGAACCCGUAGAGGUAACUUCAGACGAAUAUGUCCAGGAAGCUGUAGAAGUUGUACAGGAAGCUGCAGAUGAGGUGAUAGAAGAUGAAGAGAAAAUAGAAGAACCUUUAGAGACAAAUACAGAACCUGAGGAGGUAGCUACAGAUGAAUAUGUGCAGGAGGCUAUAGAAUCUGUACAAGAAGCUGCGGACGAGGUGAAAGAGGAAGAAAGAAUAGAGGAACCAGCUGAGGUAGCUGUAGAGGAACCCGUACAGGUAGCUGCUGAAGAAUCUGUAGAAACGGUUUCUGAAGAAUAUGUACAGGAGGCUGUAGAAGUUGUGCAAGAGGCUGCAGAUGAGGUGAUGGAGGAAGAAAAAAUAGAACAACCAGCCGAAGCAGUUGUAGAGGAACCCGUACAGGUUGCUGCCGAAGAACCUGUGGAAGUAGCUUCAGAAGAACCUGUAGAGGUAACUGCAGAAGAACCUGUGGAAGUAACUUCAGACGAAUAUGUUCAAGAAGCCGUAGAAGUUGUACAGGAAGCUGCAGAUGAGGUGUUGGAGGAAGAAAAAAUAGAGGAGCCCCUCGAGAUAGUCGAAGAGGAGCCCGUACAGGUAGCUGCCGAAGAACCUGUGGAAGAGGUCUUAGAGGAAGUUGUGCAAGAAGCUGCAGAUGAGGUGAUGGAAGAAGAAAAAAUAGAAGAACCCCUUGAGAUAGUCGCAGAAGAACCCCUCGAGAUAGUCGCAGAAGAACCCGUACAAGUAGCUGCUGAAGAAGUACUAGUAGAAAAGGAAGAGGUGAAUGAAAACAUAUUGAACAUAGUAGAAGAAAUAAAGGAAAGCAUAGUAGACAAAUUGGAAGCCAAUGAGGAGGCAAGUGAGGAAGGAAACGAAGACCUAUUAGAAAGCGCAGAAGAAGCGGCCGAGGAGGUUGCUGAAGAAGCUGUAGACACUACCACCGAAGCUGAUGUAGUUGAAACUGUUGAGGAAGAAGCCGCAAAUGCUACCACCGAAGUUAGUGCAGAAGAAUCUCUAGAGGUAAGUACCGAGGCUCCUGAGGAAACGACCGAGAGUGAAUCACACGAAACGUUCGAAGAAGAUAUAUUGAAAAAUUUAGAAGAAAAUAAAGAAGCAAAUGAAAACGCUUUAGAAGAUAUAAAAGAAAUGAAGGAAGAAUUUUUGGACUAUGUAGAACAAAGAGUAGAAGACAACGAAAAUGUGCUUGUGGAUUUGCUACAACACUUGGAAAGAAACGCACACGUGAAUGAGAGCGUAUUAGAAGAUUUAGAGGAAAUAAAAGAAGAUUUGUUGGCUAAUAUUCAAAUGGCCGAGGAGACUAGGAAAGAGGUGACAGACGCUUCGGCAGAAAGUGCAGAAGAGGUAGAAGAACCCGUAGAGGUAUCCGCAGAGGUAGCCGCAGAAGAACCCGUAGAGGUAGCCGCAGAAGAACCUGUAGAGGUAACUGCAGAAGAACCCGUAGAGGUAACUGCUGAAGAACCUGUAGAGAUACCCACAGAAGAAAACAUUUUUGAUGUUAUAGAAGAAAUAAAAGAAAAGGUACUAGAAAAUCUGGAAGAAACGACAGCCGAAAGUGUUGCCGAAAGCGUAGGCGAGGGCGCGGAUGAAAAUGCUCUAGAUGUUUUAAAAGAAAUGCAGGAAAGCUUGUUAGAAAACUUUGGGCAGAAGAUAGAAGCCAACGAAAAUAUAUUGGCAAGUGUAUUGGAGAAUAUACAAGAAAAGGUGGAGUUAAAUAAAAGUGUGUUAGUAGACGUCUUGGCAGAAUUAAAGGAGGAAGCUGUAAGUCAGCGGGAAACUGCCCAAGAGGUCGCAGCAGAGUUAGUUGAGGAGGCCGCAGAAGUGCCUGCAGUGGAGCCCGUAGAAGAGGAAGUAGUAGAGCCUGCAGUAGAAGUAGUAGAGGAGCCCGUAGAAGAGGAAGUAGUAGAACCUGUAGUAGAUGUUAUAGAAGAGCCUGCAGUAGAGGUAGUAGAAGUGCCUGUAGAGGAGACCGUAGAAGAACCUGUAGAGGUAACUGCAGAAGAACCCGUAGAGGUAACUGCAGAAGAACCCGUAGAAGAGACCGUAGAAGAACCUGUAGUAGAAGUAGUAGAAGAGCCAGUAGAAGAACCUGUAGUAGAGGCCAUUGAAGAGCCCGUAGUAGAACCUGUAGUAGAGCCUGCAGUAGAGGUUAUCGAAGAUGCGACCGAAGAACCUGUAGAGGAGGCUGCGGAAGAACCAGACGUUGAAGUAGCAGAAGGAUCUGCUAUAGAAUCCGUGGAAGAGGCGUUUGAGCAAAUUAUAGAAGAUGCUGCACAGGUAAUAGCUGAAGAAUCCGUAGAAGAAACCGCAGAGCAAAUUUUAGAGCAAGCUACACAAGCCGUAACGGAAGAAGCCGCAGACGCCGCAGACGUUGCAGACGCCGAAGAAGCUGUAGGAACUGCGCAAGUAGUAACAGAAGAAUCUGUAGCGGAAGCUAUUGAAGAUACCGUAGAGGAAAUUUCAGCAGAACCUAUACAGGCAACUAUUGAAGGUAUUGUAGGAGAAGUUGUAGAAUCCGUCGAAGAAAACAUCGAAGCUGUGGAAGAGGCUAUUAAAGAUAUCGUAGAAGGGGCUGUGGAAGGGGCUCCAGAAUUGUCUCUAGAGGAAAUGAUAGAAGAUGUUAUGGUAGGAACCGUCGCAGAGGAAGACUCUGCCAAGGAAGCAGCAGAAGAAACCGUCGAAGAGGUUGUGCAAGAAGAUGCUGCCGAAGAAGAAGCCGCCAAAGAAGCGGCAGAAGAAACCGUCGAAGAAGCUGAACGUGAAGCCACCCAAGAAGCCGUAGAAGAAACCGUUGAAGAUGUUGUCGAGGAAGUUUCAGCAGAAGCUGUAGAAGAGAUUGUACUAGAAACUCCAGAAGGCACUUCAGAUGAGUCUGUAGAAACAGUUGUAGAACACGCUGUAGAGGAUAGCUUAGGAGAGACGAUAGCAACCAUUGUGGACGACGUUGCGGAGGAAACUACAGAAAAAUCUGAAGAAAGCGUAGUAGAUAAUUUAGGAGUGAAAGUAGAAGAGGUACUCGAUGUAGAUGUAGAAGAAGUAGCCCAAGAAGCUGCAGACGAUGUAAUAAUGAGAGUAAGCGAAAAUGAAAGUGAAGGAGAAAGUGGAGCGGAAAGCGGAGAAGAAGUGGAAGAACUCGAGUCGGCAUUGUUCGAAGUAGAAAAGGACAUUAAAAAAAAAGUUUUGGACAUGUUCUCUGGAAAUGUAGAAUUUGAUGAAAAGGAGUCCGAAAAAUUGGCAUUAGAUCUGCAGAAGAAUUUGUUGUCUAUGUUUUCUGGAGGUGUAGGAGAUGACGAGGAGGAGGAAGAGGAGGAAGAGGGCGAAGAAGGGGAAUCUGAAAGAGACGAUUCGGAAAGAGACUAUGCAGGAAGAGACGAUGCAGGAAGAGACGAUGCAGAGAGAAACGAUGCAGAGAGAGACGAUGCAGAGAGAAACGAUGCAGAGAGAGACGAUGCAGAGAGAGACCAUGCAGAAAGGGACCAUGCAGAUAAAGCCGAAUCUGAUAGAGAAUCUAGUCUGGAAGCAAAUGAAAAUAGACUAGUUAAGUUAUCCGAGGGAGGAGAAAGCGAACCUGCGUUGCUAGAAGUUGAAGAAGAUAUUAAACAGACCGUGCUGGGCAUGUUCUCUUUGAAGGGAGAAUUUGAUGAAGCUGAAUCAGAGAAGCUAGCAUUAGACCUACAGAAAAAUCUACUCUCUAUGCUGUCUGGAAAUAUGGAGGACAACGAUGAUGAGUAUGAGGACAUUGAUGAGGAAUAUGAAGAGGUAGAGGAAGACUAUGAGGAGGAAAAAUUAGGAAAACCAGUAGAAGUCGUUGUAGAGGAUGCUACGGAAGAGGCAGUAGAUGAAGUAGUCGGUGUUGUUCAAGAGCCUGAAGAGGAAGGCGCGGAAGAAUCUGAUAAGGACACUGGCGAGGUGUCCGAAGAGGAGGUCGCUAAGGAGGCUGCGGAUGAAGUUAUGGAAGAGGAGAAAAAGGAAGAAGCAGGCGAGCCGUCAGUCGUUGUGGAGGAGCCAUCCGUCGUUGUGAAGGAGCCAUCCGUCGUUGUGAAGGAGCCAUCCGUCGUUGUGGAGGAGCCAUCCGUCGUUGUGGAAGAGCCAUCCGUUGUUGUGGAAGAGCCAUCCGUUGUUGUGGAGGAACCUGCCUUUACCGUAGAAGAACCGGCCUUUACCGUAGAAGAACCUGCUAUUACUGUAGAAGAACCUGCUAUUACUGUAGAAGAACCGGUCUUUACCGUAGAAGAACCGGUCUUUACCGUAGAAGAACCGGCCUUUACCGUAGAAGAACCGGCCUUUACCGUAGAAGAACCGGCCUUUACCGUGGAAGAACCGGCCACUACCGUAGAAGAACUCGUGGAGGAGGUUCUCAAAGUAGCCGAAGAGGAGGUAGCAACAGAAGCAGUAGAGAAGGACGGAGAAGAAGCGGAAGAGCAGGUGACUGAAGAAUCGGUAGAGGAAGAUGAAGAAGAAUCGGGCGAAGAGGAAGGCGAGGAAUCUGAAGAGGAGGAAACUGAAGAAUCAGCAGAGGAGGAGGUAGCAAAAGAAUCAGUAGAGGAGGAGGUAGCAAAAGAAGCAGAAGAAUCUGAGGAGUCCGGCGAAGAGUCCGCAGAGGAGGAAAAGGAAAAGGCAGAAGAACCUGUGGCCCCUGUGGAUGAAGUCUUGAAGGAGGGAAUGCAAAAAAUAGAAGAGUCCGUGAAGGAGGCCCUCGGAGUUGUGCAAGAGGCAGUAGAUAAAGUGGCAGAGGAGGAGCAGACGGAACAGGCACAGGGCCCGGCAGAAGCAGGACCUGUUGGCGUUGUGAAAGAGCCGGAAGAGGAGGAAGAAUCAGAAGAAGAAGGGGAAGAAGGGGAAGAAGGAGAGGAAGGAGAAGAAGAAGAGGAGGAAGAGUCCGAAGAAGAAGAAUCCGAAGAAGGAGAGUCCGAAGCAGGGGAAUCCGAAGCAGGAAAGUCCGAUGCAGCAGAGUCCGAAGUGGCAGAGUCCGAAGCAGGAGAACCCGCAGAGGACCAGGCAGGAAUGGACGCUAAAAUGAAAGACGAGCUAUUAGGUAUGCUAUCCGAAAAAAUGAAAGCGGAAGGAAAAGAUUUAGAUAAAUUACCCCCAGAGGUGAAGAAAAAUCUGUUAGAUAUGUUAGCUGGAAAUAUGGAAAUGGAUGAUGAGGAGGAAGAAGGAGAAGAGGAGGGAGAGGAUCUGGGAAAUGAAGAAUUAGACCUACAGAAAAAUCUCCUAGAGAUGCUUUCCGGAAAGGGAGGAUUUAAUCCAAAUAUGUUAGGAAACUUAAAAGAAUUAGAAGCGUUGCAGAAGAGCGUACCUGGCUUAAUGGGCAAGGCGCAAGGCAUAUCUCCAGCUGAAAUUGAAUCUUUGAAGAGUAUGUUCUCUGGUGCGUUUGAUUCACGUGGUUUUAAGGGAAUGCCCCAAAUGAAAUUACCAGCAGAAUUACAAUCCAUUAUGAUGCCAAAGAAGGAAGAAAAGGGAAAGCCCCAAGGUGCACAAGCAAAAGCGAAAGUGCCAGCUAAGGCAGGACAAGUGCAGAAACCAAAGGCGCAAGAUAUAAUGCCGAGUAGAAGAAUACGGGAUUUGUUUGUACUACCAAAAGAAAUAUUUGGUUCCCUUAAAAACUUUAAAGAAUCUGCAUUGAAAUUUGCAAACCACAUAGGAUUAAAUCUUGAAACUAUUAAGAAGCAUUUAACGACAGUUAAGAACUUCCUUUUGAGAGUGGAUGCAGUAGUAGACAAAGAAAUUGGCAACAUAAUAGAAGCAGGAAAGAGCCCUCAAAAUGUCGUUCAGGCUAAUGAAGGAUUUUUGGAUAAGAUGAAAAGAUUAGUAAAUAAAUAUAAAAUCUUCUCCAUCCCAUUUUUCGCUGGAAUGGGAUCAUUUGGAUUUUUGGCCUUUGGAGCUCUUACUACGUCUAUCCUAUCAUCUUGCUUAACCAUUUUUUCGGUAACCUAUUUGGUGGCCAAAAUAGAUAUGAGGUUCAACGAAGAUAAAAGAAGAAAAUUCUAUUCCUUCUAUUUAGACGCGUACAAGAAAAUGGCGUACCUAAGAGAGUAUUUUGAGACAAUUUACAGGAAGUUCGUGAAGUAA